UCACCACAACAAGGCUCAAGACACGAAUGACUACAUCGAAGCUCCUUUGCAAAGUAUCCACCUGCAGCUUAAGACAUUUGGUCUUUUUGUGAAAAGACAUGAAGAGAACGUCCCAAAUUGCCUAUCGUCUGCAGUGCACCAAUCAUUGGUUCUAUCUCAGGGUUAAGGCCACACUAUUUCCCAAUAUAUUUAUGGAACCUGAUGAAGUGUUUUUAGGAAUUGGCUGUCCUGUGAACACCGUCUGGCCAAACGAUGUCUAUGAUUUUACCUACCGUACUUACUCCUGCGGCAUUGUCAAUAAAGUUCUUUGUGAUGUCACUCUGCUUCAGACUAAACUUACAUAUAUCUCAAAAAACUCUACUGCACGGGCUGAGAUGCUUCUGUCCUGUGUUAUGCACAGUCGCUAUCCUCUUUUCUGUGAAGCUGAAAGCAGAGGAGAUUUCACUGGCAAUCCUCCUGAAUGGGAAGUGGAUAUGACAAUACCCAGAGAUGAGCAAGCUGCUCCUGCAGUUCCACCCAACUUUUCAACAUCAAGUGAAGAGCCCCAGGCCUCUAGAACCAGGAAGCUUCAGCCUGCUGAAGUAUCUAGCUUUGUGGAUCAGAAGUUGUCACUUCUCCAUUUCUCCAGAGUGCACAUGGUUUGAUGAUGUCUUCUCUGAUCCAUUUUUU